AUGCUUCUGGAGAAGGUUCAGGUCUUAUCACCAACAUCAGGCUUCAAGCCACGGCAUGUUCAAACCACGAUCAAUUAUUACAAAGACCCCGGCGAUGGAACAGAACAUGCUCCAAGCAUUGCCCGCAAAAGAAGCACAUUCACCCAGCCUUCCAUUGAUCUGGAGACUCUCGUCAUGGAUAUUACUGGAAGCGAGGAGAACUACACUCUCGACAGUCACGGAUUCCAACUCUGCGAUCAUGUAAGCCGAGAAAAGAACUUUGACAAUGACGACCGUAUCAAGGAGGAGUACUAUCCGGAAGUGGAGAACCCUGAUGAUGAGCGCCGACCGGUGAAGCGAGCCCAUAUCGACCAGUCCGAAUGGGCUGCAAGAAAUCAAGUUACGCGCCACGUUGGGUCGGACGCCCCUCGCCUGCUGGAAUCCCGUUUCCAGAUCAUCAAUGUGUGGCGUCCAAUAAAGACGAUUUAUAAGGACCCACUCGCCGUCUGUGACUCCCAUUCAGUGCCAGAGACAGACAUCCUACCAGUCAAGUUGAUACACCCUGGCUGGGUAGGGGAGCCGUGCACAAUCCUGCCUAACAAAAACCACCGUUGGUACUACAAAAACAGACAGACUCCCGAGCAGGUGAUGCUGUUUAAAUGCUACGACUGGAAAACUGAUGGGCGUGCUCGGAGGGUCCCACAUGCCGCUUUCACUGACCCUGAUACGAUCGAACAAGAGCCAAGGCAUAGCAUCGAAGUCAGGGUCCUUGUUUUCCACGAGGACGACGUGAACAGGAAUUGA